GUGCGAGGCGGUGAUUGUGGGCUGGGAGGGCAGGUGACUGGCGGCAGCAGGGCGGCGCUGGAGGGCAGUCGGGCGGGUGGAUCGUGGGAUGCGCAGCGUCUAGCAACGGGCAGGGCGUGGCAGUCGGGAGGAGAUUAUGUACAAUGGGCGUGGCGGAGAGGUGGACGGCGACAUGCGGCCGCAGCGGGAUGGGAGGGAGGCGGCGUGCGGUGGGAUUAG